AUGACUAUUCAUUUUCGGUAUGCUGAGCAGUUUUCGCUCAUCAUGAAUGGCGACAAUAAUGCUGAAGACUGGCAGAGGCCAAGCCUGGCAGAGAUUGCUGGAGAUGAGGGAGAAGAGGAAGAAAUGAGACUCAGACUGUGCUGGAGUCUGGGUUUUGCACUGCAACUGUCAACUUUCCGCACCUAUGAGGAAAAGGGGCCCACGCUCGAAGUGCCAAGCCAGUUCUGUUUCAUGAAGUUCAACAGCUCGCUGCUCCGAGUGCGCGAGGGCGACGGUCAGCUGACCGGGGACGCGGGCCUGGACCGCGAGCGGCUGUGCGGCCAGGCACCACAGUGCGUGCUGGCCUUCGACGUGGUCAGCUUCUCGCAGGAGCAGUUCCGGCUGAUACACGUGGAGGUGGAGGUGAGGGACAUCAACGAUCACGCGCCGCGCUUUCCCCGGGCCCAGAUCCCCGUGGAGGUGUCCGAGGGCGCGGCUGUGGGCACGCGCAUCCCGCUGGAGGUGCCGGUGGACGAGGAUGUGGGAGCCAACGGGCUGCAGAGCGUGCGCCUGGCCGAGCCUCACAGCCCCUUCCGCGUGGAGCUGCAGACGCGCGCGGACGGCGCCCAGUGCGCGGACCUGGUGCUGCUGCAGGAGCUGGACCGCGAGAGCCAGGCCGCCUACAGCCUGGAGCUAGUGGCCCAGGACGGCGGCCGCCCGCCGCGCUCCGCCACUGCCGCCCUCAGCGUGCGAGUGCUGGACGCCAACGACCACAGCCUGGCCUUCCCGCAGGGCGCCGUGGCCGAGGUGGAGCUGGCGGAGGACGCUCCCGUGGGCUCCCUGCUGCUGGACCUGGACGCAGCCGACCCCGACGAGGGCCCCAACGGCGACGUGGUGUUUGCCUUCGGUGCCCGCACCCCGCCCGAGGCGCGCCGCCUCUUCCGCCUGGACCCGCGCUCCGGCCGCCUCACCCUGGCAGGACCCGUGGACUACGAGCGCCAGGACACCUAUGAGCUAGACGUGCGGGCCCAGGACCGCGGUCCCGGGCCUCGGGCCUCCACCUGCAAAGUCAUCGUGCGCAUCCGCGACGUCAAUGACAACGCUCCGGACAUCACCAUCACCCCGCUGGCCGCCCCGGGCGCGCCUGCCGCCUCUCCCUUCGCUGCCGCCGCCGCCGCCGCCGCCGCUCUCGGGGGUGCGGACGCGACCUCGCCGACCGGACCUGGAACGCCAGAGGCCGGCGCCAUCUCGCUGGUGCCAGAGGGGGCGGCGCGCGAGAGCCUGGUGGCGCUGGUCAGCACCUCGGACAGAGACUCGGGCGCCAAUGGGCAGGUGCGCUGCGCCCUCUACGGGCACGAGCAUUUCCGGCUGCAGCCGGCCUACGCGGGCAGCUACCUGGUGGUGACCGCGGCGUCCCUGGACCGCGAGCGCAUCGCUGAGUACAACCUGACGCUGGUGGCCGAGGACAGAGGCGCGCCCCCUCUACGCACCGUGCGGCCCUACACGGUGCGCGUGAGCGACGAGAACGACAAAGCGCCACUCUUCACGCGACCGGUCUAAGACGUGUCAGUGAGGGAGGACAACCCUCCUGGCGCCUACUUGGGCCGCGAAGGCCAGGUCACCUGCCGACUGCUGGAGGCCGAAGAGGGUCGCGCCCAGGACGCCGUGUCCCCCUACAUCUCUGUGGACCCUAUUACUGGGAAGCUGUGUGCACAACGGUGCUCUGAUCGCAACUAACUGGCUGAGCUGCAGCUGGGGCUGGAAGCUCUCGACGGCGGCUCUAUGCAGCUCUGGGGCUGGGCCGUGGUGUGCCUGCAUGUGGAGGACCAGAACGGGCACUCACUGGUCACACUGCCAGAACGGCUGGUCACACUGCCACUCUUCAAUGGCUCAGCCCAGCUGCCUCUGCUUCAGGGCGCGCUGCUGGGCUACCUGGUGACCCAAAUGCAGACGAAGGCCCCAACACAGAGCUAA